GAGUGUUUGACUACUGCUUCUUUCUUCUCCGUUUCUAUCAACUUUUUCUCUCUCAAAAAUCAAUCUGCCGUUUCUCAUUUGACUCCUCCGUCUUUAGGGUUUCUUAGCCAAUCAAUAGAUUAUUCAGUAUAAGAUAGAAACGUUAAACCUUACAACUGCUCAAACAUCAAUCAAUACAAUUUUUCAAGGACUGUAUAAACACAAAGAUGGGUUGUUUCACAGUUUUAAAAAGUAAAAAGAAGAAGUCCGAACAGAGCAUUCACAUCAAACGUGUGAAUCCUCAGGAACAUUCUCCUACUGCAUUGCCCGAGCCCCAAGUGCAGACACGGUCAUUGCAGUCAGCACCACCAAGUUUUAGAACUAGAGUAAAACCUGUACAGUCAAAUAACAGAGUUACAAGCAGUAGGACACGGGCACUCUCUGCCCCGUCUAGCCUGGACGCAGCAGAACAAGAUGCUUUAGCAUCGAAUGAAUGUGAGGAACAGGAUGAGUUCAAGAGUCGUAUUGGCUCAAUCAAGGAAUACCAAUCACCAAGUCCUCACCCUCUUCCUCUUCCAUCUCCACUGAGUGCUGCCACUCUCAAGACUAUGGUAAGCUUUAAAGUUGGCAAUGCCAGCGGUCCUCUAAAUGCCUCUGGACCGCUGCCACUGCCUCCUACACUGCCUCCAACGUUGCCUUCUACUGGAGGAAUCAGGAACUUCUCAUUUGAAGAACUUGCUGCUGCCUGCCACCGUUUCUCUCCUGAGCGAUGUAUGUCAGAAGGUCUGUCUUCUGUUAUCUACAGAGCUUCUUUUGGAGAUGAUGCCACUGGUACAAUGAAGCUUGAAGCCACUGUUACCCGGCUUCAUCCCUCUUCUCAGGGGUUGAAGGAAUUUGUGACUGAGGUGAACACACUAGCUUCUUUGCAGCAUCCAUCACUUUGUAAACUGAUUGGUUUUCAUGCACGGGAAGGUUCCGAGCACAGAAUGUUGGUUUAUGAAAGGCUUUUCCAUGGAAGUUUAGACCGUCUUUUGUUUGGGAGGUCAGAUGGUCCCCCAAUAGACUGGAUUGCUCGAACAAAAAUUGCUUUAUGUGCUGCUCAAGGUCUCACAUUCCUGCAUGAGGAAGGUCCUUUUCAGGUGUCAAUGCUGCUUCCUAAACCUGUUGUCUACUCAUGGUUGCCUUCAUUUUCUGCAAUGUUCCAUGAAUUUUCCACUGCAAAUAUACAAAUUGAUAAGGAUUGUAGUGCAAAGCUCUCAGGAUAUGGAUGCAUUACUCAUAUACAAGAGACAGACAUAUCAUUCAGUUCAGUUGCCCUGGCAAAUCUCUCUGAGGAGACUCUGGAGCGAGGAUUGGUAACUCCAAAGAGCAAUGUUUGGAGUUUUGGGAUUGUUCUUCUUGAGCUGCUGACUGGCCGGAAGAAUUUAGACAGUCGGCAUCCAAAGGAAGAGAGGAAUUUAGUGAAGUGGAGCAGGCCUUUCCUAGCUGAUGACUGUAGAUUAUCGCUAAUCAUGGACCCUCAGUUAAAAGGUCGGUUCCCUGCCAAAGCAGCAAGAACAGUGGCUGAUAUUGCUCAAAGAUGUCUGCAAAAGGAUCCAUCUGAAAGGCCCACCAUGAGAACUGUAGUGGAGCAACUCAAGACUGUACAAGUGAUGAAGUACCCUUCUAGGUUUCCUCUUCAAGAGCCAAGGGGAGUUGGUGUAAAACAUAUGUCAAAGUCUCCGAGCCUAAAUGGAAUCAUUACCCCACCAUCAAGAUUGAGCUUCUCCCCUUCUCCACCAACCCACCCUCUAUCUAUUUCUCCCACAAGGACAGCUGCUCCACUGUUGUCUCUACCUUCAUGUUCCUCCAUCCUCUCCAUGGAGGACUUUGAUCGAUUGGAAAGCCGGAGGCCAUCAUCUUCAUCUGUUCGGAGGUCUAGUGUCGAAGGAUUUUGAUCAUUUGUAGAGCAAUUUUUUUUCUCCCUAUUGUUUUUUUCUUUUUUUGGGCCCUUCCCUUGCGACAAGUGAUUACAUGAAAAGAUAUAGAAGAUAAGCACAUGGUUUUCCACCUUCCCUUUCCUCAUGGGAGAAGAUGUGGGGAAUGCCAUUUUGUAAAUAUGGUAUCCAUUUGGUUUGAAUAGUGUUUUCCUUUAAUCGAGAUCCUGAUGGAGAUAUUAA